AUUUAAGCAUGAUAACAUUUGUUCUCUUCUGUUUUUUAGUUCUAGGUCAAGCUAUGAAAGUUUCUUAUAGCAAAUAAUGCACCUGCUAAAAAUUUUCAACAGACACAAGUUGCUUAGAGUAAACAAACUGUAUUUGGAGAAGUGAUGGUUGCCAAGCAAGAGCUUGCACUGAAUAUUACGAUAAAGAUAAAUGUAAUAGGGUUGCAUCUUGCUCAUGGAAUGUAUCUAAAUGUCAAACAUUUACUAAAUGUUCUGAUUACUACAUGAAUGACUCUUUUGAUUGCUAUAAAAUAGGUGAUCAAAACUUAAAUUAAUUUUGUGAGCCUUCAGAAAAUGCAAAUAAAUGUUAAGAAUAUAAAAUCUAAUUAUGUGGAGAUGUAGAAGAAGAUUGUACAGGAUUCUAAAGUCAAUGGAGUAUGUGUUACUGGAAUAAUAACAGAUGUAAUGUUAUUGAUAUCAGAUAUUGUGAUAAAUUGUUUAACAACGAUUUAUGUAUUAUAUUUGGAGAGGGUCUUGGAUGCUAAUGGAAAGAGAAUAAAUGUAUAGCCAUAUCUUGUUCAGAUUUUACUUCUGAGAGUAAUUGUGUUUUAUAAAGAUAAAACUUUAUAGAAGAUGAUCCAUUACUUUGUAGAUGGUAUGAAAAUUAAUGUGAAGAAGCUUAAGAUGUUUCUCAUCUUGAUUUUUCUAAUUGUCUUGUCAAUUCCUUCUAUAAUUAUAUUUGGGACUCAAUUAAUAAAGAAUGUGUUUCUUGUUAAACCUAUAUCCCACCAAAGACAACGACAACGCCUUGAUAUGCAACAUG